GAAAAUGACAAGGGUUGCGUAAGCGAUGACGUCAUUCUUGCUUAGUUGCAAAUUGCGGCGAACGUAGGAAAUUGACGAAGAGAAUCGAAAAUGUCUUUGAACGUUGCCCACGCCAACGGAGGAGUUUUGAUAUUUAACGGAGAAUAUAUUCUCUUAUACUGUGAUGGAGUAGAAGUGCAGUUCGAAGGAGAUGAUGCAAAAAGUUUUCAUGGAGUCAAAAAAGGAAGGAUUUAUCUUACAACACACAGAAUGAUAUUCACCAAUAAAAAUGCUAGUGACUUUCUUCAAUCAUUUAGUUUCCCAUUUUUCUCAAUGACUUCAAUAGAACUUGAACAACCGAUUUUUGGUGCUAAUUACAUCAAAGGAAAAGUAAAAGCUCAAGCAGGAGGAAACUGGGCAGGCCAUGCAACUUUUAAAGUGAAAUUUAUGACUGGUGGAGCUAUAGAAUUUGGACAGGCAAUGCUGCAUGCUGCAAAAAUAGUUUCUAGAAACAUGCCAUCGGAACCACCACCUUACGUGCCCCCUUCGGGUCCCUAUUAUUCUCCUCCUCCUCCGGCAUAUAUGGCACCGCCUCAAGGCUACUACGGAUUCGUACCCCCGACCAACGUUUUCCCCAACGUUCCACCAGAAAAUACAGUUUACAUGACCGACAUGCCUCCUCCUUAUCCGGGACUCAACACCGCCGGAGCCACGGGAUAUUCCGGAAAUCCGCCACCCGCCGGAUUUGUCGCCGCAGGUUCGUAUUGUUUCCGAACAUCUCGAUCCUUUCUCGUUUGGGUCCUUUGCACCCACGUACAAUUUAUUCGUAUUUGUUUUUUGGUGUUAAACACUUUAUAUUUUGCAGUUUCUAGAAACAUGCCAUCGGAACCACCACCUUACGUGCCCCCUUCGGGUCCCUAUUAUUCUCCUCCUCCUCCGGCAUAUAUGGCACCGCCUCAAGGCUACUACGGAUUCGUACCCCCGACCAACAUUUUCCCCAACGUUCCACCAGAAAAUACAGUUUACAUGACCGACAUGCCUCCUCCUUAUCCGGGACUCAACACCGCCGGAGCCACGGGAUAUUCCGGAAAUCCGCCACCCGCCGGAUUUGUCGCCGCAGAUGAUAAAGCAAAAGAAGCUGCUCAACAACAGGCCUAUUAUAACCCCUACAAUCCCAAUUAUGCAUAUGUUCCUCAGCCAUACCAGACUUCUCCUCCCAUGCCUAAUGCACCACCCCCUUCGUAUUGGGAUGCAACAAAGAAACAACAAUGAAGAAUUUUUUCUUGUUAAUAAUCAAAUGUUUAUUAAUAAAAAAAGACAUUCCUAUUUUUAUUGCAAUUCUCAAAAUUCUAUAUAAUAAUGUGUAAAUAAUUCUAGAAUGAAUAAAAGAU